ACGUCACGGGCGGGCCCGGCGGCCAAGGGACGCCUAGCAGAGGGCGAGAGCCAGCGGAGACCCGAGGGCCCAGCAGGGGGUCAUCGUGGGCGGAUCCCCGCCCUCGUCCCCAGCCGCCCCGUCCCUGCCCGACGCUUCCGGCGCCCUCCCGGCCGGCCCCGCGCCGGCUGUGCCACAUCCUCCGGUGACGUCAGUCGGCGCCGCCAUAUUGGGAAGGCGCAGCCGCCGCCGCCACCGCCACCACCUCCGCCUCCCCCUAGGAUCUCGGGCUGCCUUGGGGCCUGCGGACGCCGGAAGGAAGAGCCCCUCUCUAGCUCCGCCGACGCCGGGCCCGCCCGUUUCGCCCCGACCCGUCUCCCCAUGACUGCCCCCGGCACAGCUGUCGACGGACGUCGCCCCAGCGCCGGGAUUUAACACGGAAGCCCGGGUCGGGGGCCGCGGGGGAAGGAGGAGGGAGACCCGGUAGGUCCCGCGUCCCUCUCGGCCCAGCACGGCGUCUCGGCGGGAGCCAUGACCUCGCUGACCCAGCGCAGCUCCGGCCUGGUGCAGCGGCGCACGGAGGCCUCCCGCAACGCCGCCGACAAGGAGCGGGUGGCGGGCGGCGGCGGCGGCAGCGGGGAGGACGACGCGCAGAGCCGCCGCGACGAGCAGGACGACGACGACAAGGGCGACUCCAAGGAAACGCGGCUGACCCUGAUGGAGGAGGUGCUCCUGCUGGGCCUCAAGGACCGAGAGGGUUACACAUCAUUUUGGAAUGACUGUAUAUCAUCUGGAUUACGUGGCUGUAUGUUAAUUGAAUUAGCACUGAGAGGAAGGUUACAACUAGAGGCUUGUGGAAUGAGACGUAAAAGUCUGUUAACAAGAAAGGUGAUCUGUAAGUCAGAUGCUCCAACGGGGGAUGUUCUUCUUGAUGAAGCUCUAAAGCAUGUUAAGGAGACGCAACCUCCAGAAACGGUCCAGAACUGGAUUGAAUUACUUAGUGGUGAGACAUGGAAUCCGUUAAAAUUGCAUUAUCAGUUAAGAAACGUGCGGGAACGAUUAGCUAAAAACCUGGUGGAAAAGGGCGUAUUGACAACAGAGAAACAGAACUUCCUACUCUUUGACAUGACCACACAUCCCCUCACCAACAACAAUAUCAAGCAGCGCCUCAUCAAGAAGGUACAGGAAGCUGUUCUUGACAAAUGGGUGAAUGACCCUCACCGCAUGGACAAACGCUUGCUGGCCCUCAUUUACCUAGCCCACGCCUCCGACGUCCUGGAGAAUGCUUUCGCUCCCCUUCUGGACGAGCAAUAUGAUUUAGCCACCAAGAGAGUACGGCAGCUCCUCGACUUAGAUCCGGAAGUGGAGUGUCUGAAGGCCAACACCAACGAGGUCCUGUGGGCGGUGGUGGCAGCGUUCACCAAGUAGCUGCUCAGAACGAAGUUCUCUCUCUCUCAUGUAAACCAGUAGGUUUUCUUCUAUUGACUUCUGGUUCUCUGCAGUUUGUACUUUCCACACUGUAAUUGGCUUUUGUUUUAUGAAACGGUGGGUGGCUUUUCUUUUUUGUAUGUAUGCAGGAUUCUGCUGGUACGAGAGGCCUUCCUCUUUCUGUUUUCAAAAAAAGUUUUACUGCCAUAUUGGCAAUCCAUUCCUUGUUGCCAUCCUCACUGUUAACCUGUUUUGGGAUUCUGGCACGCUUUGACUUUCAAAGUGACUCCAGUCUCCUCACACGCACAUCUUUUGGAUUACCUCAACUUGAGUUUUUCCCACGUGUGCACGUACACCUAGCAUUCUGCCUACGAUUCAGACAGAAGUCACAAAAAGGCCUUUAACUCACCAAAGGUAAAUAUCUGUAUCUAUUAGGACAUUUUAUACAUAGACCUCAGUUGAGAUGUAUACUUAGCAAAAUUAUUUUUAAAUUGAAACAACACAGUAAAUAAUAUAAAAUGCCCCUUGGAUUUUGUUUCCCGUGUAAAUCUAUUGUAUUAUUACACUUGUUGUAAUUUUAACUGUUAAAUCCUAAAGGUCCAGUUGUUUCACAAAGCCGGAUCGGGGUGGGCCGCAUUCCACAUACGCUGUAUAUAGUUUGAAUUCUAUAUAAAUUGCCCCUCUGGCCACUCCUGCCUCCAUCUUAGUAUUUUGCAAGAUUUCAUUCGUUGUACACCUGGUGCCCCUCACUUGCUUCAGUCUGUAUUAUUUGAUGGCAAAAUAGACCUCUCAUCAUUGAAGGAAAGAGAAAAGAUGUGUCUGAUUGGUCCCAAGACUUUUUGAGCUGUGCCAUUCAUGGCACCCUUUGCCUAUGCAUCUCCUUUUGGAAUUAUUUUUGGUCUUAAAUGUUUCUAUCGUUUUAUAGGGAAGAGGCUUGUGACCAGUACUAAUCUUGAGUACAGUUUUUUCUUUUUCUGUCCACAGGUAAAUUAAUGUCUGCUCUUAAAUGUCAUUUAUCUACUCAUACUUUUUUGGGGGAAAACAAAUCAAAUGUCAGUUUUAGCAGAUAUUGCAUGUAAAUUGUUAGCAAGUAAUGACUACAACUCAGAUGAUUAAGAAUUUUGUAACAGAAAGCUCUGCUAUGUUUUAAUUUUUAUAUACAAUUAUGAUAAUUAGCACAUUGUAAGGAUAUAAACCUUUGCUUUUUAAAGUUUAUUUUUACUAUUUCUUUAUCACUGUUUAUGGUAUCAGCAUUGGUUUCAUAAUGUAAAUACUAUAUAUUGAACAAAUUAAAUGUCAAAUUUUUUAUUACCAUAGUUCAUGUUAAUAGUGGGGCUUUCAGGUGUUUAGAGAUUUUUUUGGUUAACAUUCAAUGCAAAAGUACUAGAUGGUGUAUAACUGUAGAGUUGAAUUUUAAGGGAUUCCCUAAUAUGUAUACUAUCUUUUUAUCUGAAGUAAUAAAUAAACUAUGAUCUUGAAAGUGCCUGAAUCAGA